AACUUCCCGAUAGACCCCUUUGGCUAUUUGCGUGCAAAAGUUCAAUCCCUUAUCCUUUGGGAAAACCGUCGAAAUAGCGCUCUCGUUCUUACAGGAACACUCAGUUUCCUUAUUUUGACACAAUAUUACUCUUUGUUACAAAUUGCUGCAGGUAUCUUCUUUUUCAUAACAGGUCUGAACUGGGUUUUUGUCAUAAUCUACAAACAAGGGCAGAAGUAUAUUUAUGGCAAGGCUCCUGAAGAGCUAACAAAUCCCCACAGAGAGCGUCUUCGAUACAAUGGCAGUUAUAUACCCCGGGAUCGAAUCGUACAUUUGGCACAAUUAAGUGUUGACGUGUUUGAAGUGUUUGCCCAGCAUAUCACAAAAUUGGUUUUGAUUGAAAAUAGUUGGCGUUCAGCUGUAGCUCUAGUUAUUUCCUUCACAGUCUGGACUCUUGCCAAAUACAUAUCGACCAAAUAUUUAAUUGGCUUGUUCCUUCUUUCUGCUUUUACAGGUCCUCGACUUUAUCUUCAACAUCAAGCAGUUAUUGAUGCUCAUCUUCAACAGUUACUUCAACAAACUCAAUCUUCAACAGAGAAAUAUGGAGGCUUGGCUUGUGCUAAAGCAAAAGAACUCUCUCAUCAAGCUACAGAGUUUAUAAAG